GUAAUAUAUAUGCAGUCUCUCAAAGCACUGGUUACAAGUUAGAUUUCUUUCCUGUUUACAUUUAAAAUGAUUAUCAUUUUCUGUUUCGUUUCCCUUAUUCUCUCUUGUCACUCUGCCACAACCGACAACGUUUCUAUGAAUAACUGCCCAGAAAGUUUCGGUUGCCCAGCUUUGCCUCCAUUCAAGUACCCAUUUUACAAUGUCAUGGACACACGAUGUGGGUUGAUCAAGGUCAACUGUACUUCCAAAGGUGGGGAAAUUCAACUUGGAGGAGGGUGGUAUGAGAUUGUUAACAAGGAUGAGGGUCAUAAUACAGUCAUCAUCAGUAACAAAACAUUUGAAGAUCUUGUGAAAAAGAAUAGUUGUGAGGCGCUUAUGAAUAAUUUCACUUCUCCAAGUCCAAGCCCUCUUUUGUAUUCCAUUUCAAUAUUUCCUCUCAUCACUCUCUUCAAAUGCACAGAAAAUCUCACUAUUGCUCAACAAAGAGAUAUUUAUUUUGAGCAACAUAAUUACAGAAGCCACUACAGAUGCAAAGAUUACAAAUUCUACUAUAACCACUUGAAUGAAACAGUUCCAAGUGACCUCCCACCUACAUGUCAAGUAGUGCAGCUUCCUGUCCGAUUUCUCUCUAGUCCUGGACUUGAUGAAACAAACAUAUUUUCUCUUCUUUCUUCUGAAUUUCAAUUUGAAUUGACACCUUCCUGUCAUAACUGUCACACAAAAGGCGGCCCGUGUCAUAUUGAUAAUGAACAUUUUCAGUGUUUAAACGCCAAAAAGGAAACACAAGGCAGAAAACUCAUAAAGAUUCUGGUUACAGUUCUCGGCAUAAGCUUUGGCGUAGGCUUUGUAACAUUAUCAGUCGUCAUAAUCUUAUGCUUCAGAAGGAAAAUUAAAAUGAGGAAAGAUGCAAAGUACAAUGUCAAAGUUGAAAUGUUUCUAAAGAAUCACGAAUUCCUAGUUCCAAAAAGGUACUCUUAUGCACAAGUUGAGAAGAUAACAAGCUCGUUUAAGGUCAAACUAGGCAAAGGUGGUUUUGGUACUGUGUAUAAAGGAGUGCUAAGAAACCAAAACCAAGUAGCGGUGAAGGUUUUAAAUGAAGUGAAGAGUAAUGGGGAAGAUUUCAUUAAUGAAGUUGCAAGUGUAGGUAGAACUUCACAUGUUAAUAUUGUAAGCCUUAUGGGAUUUUGUUUGGAGGGUCGCCAAAGAGCUUUAAUCUACGAAUUCAUGCCCAAUGGUUCCCUAGAGAGGUUCAUAAACAAUCAAGGUUCUUCGAGUAGUAGCCAACUAAUUGGAUGGGAAAAGUUGCACCAGAUCGCAAUUGGGAUUGCUAGAGGUCUAGAGUAUUUGUAUAGGGGUUGUAGCACACGGAUACUACAUUUUGACAUAAAGCCACAUAAUAUCCUACUGGAUGAUGAUUUUUGUCCUAAGAUAUCUGACUUUGGCAUGGCUAAGUUGUUCCGUGAGAAAGAAAGCAAGAUAUUCGUGUCCCAUAUGAGAGGAACGCCCGGUUAUAUUGCUCCUGAAAUAUUUUCUCGGAGCUUUGGAGAGAUUUCUCACAAAUCAGAUGUAUAUAGUUAUGGAAUGAUGAUUUUAGAAAUGGUCGGAGGGAGAAAAAAUAUUGAAGUUGGAGUUGAUAAUACAAGUGAGAUAUACUUUCCUCACUGGAUAUAUAAGAAGGUUGAAUUGCAUGAUGAACAACUUGGACUGAAUGAGAUUGUGAGUGAAGAAGAAAAUAAGACUGCAAGGAAAAUGAUCAUUGUGGGGUUGUGGUGCAUACAAACGAAUCCCUUGACCCGACCUUCAAUCACUAAAGUGUUGGAAAUGUUAGAAGGAGACGUAGCAUCAUUGGAAAUCCCUCCUAAACCUUAUAUAUCAUCUCCAUCAAGUGGAGUGGAAGAAAAUGAAAAAAGUUCUGUUGGGAUGUGAAGGGUCGAUGGUCAUCUAGAUAUCCAGAUUUUGGUGUGGUAUUCCCCAAAUUUUCGCCCGUUAAAGAUUUGUUAGGAAUUACAUAAAGUUCUGAGAGUUAAUCACAAGUAUAAGGAGUUAAUCCGUGGCAUUAUUAUUGUGGGGUGUUGGUGCAUUUAGAGAGCAAGGAUGGAUAAACGAUUUUCCAAUAAGUCAAGGUGGAGAAGAUCAUUAAAGAGGUUAAAGCCCUUAUUAUUAUUUUUUUUUUUUUUGGGUUCAAGCAUAGAUCCAAGUUUAAGGUGAUUAAAUAGGAGUGGUGUAAAUUUAAUUUCUUGUAAUUAUGUUGUGUUUGGUUGUUUGGUUGCCUCCCCUGGUUGUUGGUAGGGGGUGUUUGAAUGUAGUUUGUCUUUCGAAAAAAAAAAUGAUAAAGAAAAAAAAAUCUAGAUUUGCUGUUAAAAUAAAAAUCUGGCUAUCUAGAUUGACUUUGAAAACCAAAUGAAAAAUGUGGCUGUCUAGGGUCUGUGUUAAAAUUAGGCUAAUAACAUUCAGUUUAAUAUGCUGAAUAUGAUUGUUUUUAGUGUUGGUUUUAUUGUUUUAAUGUUAGUUUUGUUGUUUUAUUUUUUUUGAACAUGUACAAUCUAAUUGGGUCUGAGGAUAAAUGGAAUUGGGCUAGCUUAUCGGACAGCUUUGCUGCUUGAUUGGAUUAAAGAUGGGCUUGGACUUGGGCUUGCUGAAUAUAAGGAGAAGAGGACAGCUGUUAUAACAACCUAACCAAUUGCCAACUGGGUUUGUUAUUAGGGUUAUGACCCGGGUACCUUAUAUAAGGCUCGUACCCGGUUUCAGUUCAUUCAGUUCAGAUAUUUUGUUCACUUGUUUUCUCUCGUUUUUCUCUCUAAAAGUUCAUUAGGGUUUCUUGCUUUCUUCAUUGAUCAUCUUGAAUCAGUGAUUUUAUUUGUAAGUUCUAGUGAUUUUAUCGUGUUGAUGAUCUUCUGUAGUUGAGAGUUUGCGAGAUUUGGUGUUGUAGUGUUUGAUCUUGUGCUCUUGAUGAUUACGAACUUGAUAUCAUUUAUUUUCACA